AAACAGAUCGCAAAAAUUGUUAACGGCGUAAUUAUGAAUUCGAACGAUCAGGAGAAUUCGGAAGGAAUUGAGAAUUUGCCGCUAGUGCUGGACGAAGGGAGUCAAUCGCCAUUGGAUAGAAUCAACGACUCUGAGGACUCGAAUCAGGAGCAAAUUCAAGCUCAUAAUGUCCCAUCAAUCGAUGGGAGAUCAAUUGAUCCUGUACGACAGUAUAUGCUGCAGAAACAUCUUGUUCUUCUAAUCCACGCGCAAACAUGUUUGGAAGACGAGAGCGAGAGGAAUAUUCCAGCGGAAAAUUGUCGAGUUGCAUUUUGUGACGUAAUGCGAAAUGUACUGAAGCACAUGGACACUUGUUUGGAGGGAAUAAAUUGUACCUAUGAACUUUGCAGUUCUUCUCAACUGCUUUUGUACCAUUUGCAAAAUUGUGGUCAACGAUCAUGUCCCCUUUGUGCGCCUUUCGUCGACAUUGACGUCCUAUUGACAUCCGACACUGAAGAUUCUCCCCGACAGUCGUCGUCAGAUGCGGAAAUUUCGGAGAAUAGUCAGGAGAAUGACGGAAGUCGAAGAGAGGAAAGAAGGAGGAGAAAUAAUUCUGUUUUUAAUCAACAAGACGCUGCCUCGUCUUUGGAGCAAAUUCUCCAUUCACCGAAUGGAAUUGCAAGAUGGGUGGAGAAUACGAGGAAAAUGGUGCAACUUAAUUGGCAGUUGUUUAUACUUUUACACGCCGACAAGUGUCGGGCUCAUAGAUCUCUCCUGUCGUGUCCAACGCCGAAUUGUCAGGAAUUAAGGGCAGCUUUGAAUCAUAUGCCGAACUGUCAUCUAGGUGUCAGUUGCACAUUUUCGCAUUGUUGGGCCUCGAGACAGAUUAUCAAUCACUGGACGAAUUGUCGAUUGAAUAUUUGUCCUCUUUGUGUACCGAUUAGACAACUCGAGGGAGUGAGGAAUAGGAAUUUUUUCUCGUCAAUUGUCUCACGUAAUCCGCCUUUACGUCCGUUGGUGACGACAAAUCAAGCGAGUUCGUCGCAAAGAAAUCCGAGAGGAGGAAAUUUGACUGAAGAAAAUAGAAACAAUGCACCGGCAGUUGGAGGACAAGGACUACCGCUUUUGAUAAGAGUGAAUCAUGGUGCAUCGUGUUCGUUGAGUACGAGCGCAAGUGGUGCUAUUCAAUUGUGCUCCUCAGCAGAGCAUCAUUAUCAACAAUCGGGUUUAAUGUUUACGAAUGAAAAUCCACCACCGAGACAGAUGGAUGUCAGUCCACCGGGUGUUAGAGUUGGAAGUCUGCCAGGUUACGGUCCCGAUGACACCAGUCCACCAGGUGUGAGAAUUGGAAGUCUUCCAGGUUACGGUCCGAAUGAUGUUAGUCCACCUGGGAGGAGAAUUGGAAGCGACGACGGCCACAAUCCGGAAGCUGGUGCUGAUGGACAGGAGAAUAACCAAUCACUUCUUCGUGUUUGCAGUCACGAUAAUCUUUCAAAAUCCUCAUUAGAAAAAAUUGACGAUGAUCACGUUACUCGAACUCUAAAUUUUGAUAGGACUCUAAAUUCUCCCAACCAAAUGGAAAAUUCUUCAGAAGCACAGAUGUUAUCAGAUGCGACAGUUAAUAGGGACGCCAUAAAUGAACCUGAAAUGCAAAGUCUCACCGGAACAAUGUCAAGAUUGUCUGUACCUGAAUCUAAAAAAGAAUUAAUAGACAAAGAAUCUCUUACUCCAAAUAAAGCAGCAAAUCUCAGCUCUGAGAAAACUACGAUUAAGAAUUCAGAAAAUGAACUCGAUUCAACGGAAAUUUCGAAACAAAAUUCUUCUUCCGAUCGUGAACCAAAAGAAGAAUUUGAACCAAAAAAAGCAGAAAUGGUAGUAAACGGAAAGGAUUGUGAGCGAACUGGAAAAUCAGAUUCUGAUGAACUUUAAGAUACAGAAGUUUUGGAGAAAUUAUUCAACAAAUAUUGAGAGCACCGUGAAUAUGUCAAUUUAAUUACAUUAUCACACAAAACAAUGAAGAGAAAUGAUUCGCAUUUGUAGAAAAAAAGUGUACGCAAGAAAAUGACGAAAGGUAGAUAUUCUAUUUUUAUAACAAAUUUUUCCAAGCUGAUAUAUCACGAUACUUAAUGUAACAAAAUAAUAGGCAAAUUUUUAUAUAAUUAUUAUUUAUCGACGGUCACUAUUUUUUCCGUUUAAUUUAUAAAUUUAUUUUAUAUUUUUUAAACUACGAUUUCGUGGCAAUUUGAUUUGGUAUCAUAAUCAAUCAGAUAAUGUACAUAAAUUUUAAUUGUUAUAGAAAAAUUGAAAGUAGAUGUAAAGAAGAUAUAGAAAUUCUAUUAAAAGAUUUUUUUAUUAAAAAACUUUUUUAUCAAA